CGCACUUCCCAGUUGCCUCUACACUUCCCCCGGACAUCUCUGUUAUCCAAUCGUCGGCAAAAUGCACCAAAUUUUCCCCUCUACCUUUUUCAACUUCGAGUUUCUUCGCCUUCUCGGGACCGCCCCAUAUCUCGGUGCCGAGACCGGAGAGUGCCUUGCCACGGCGGCACGCAUCAAGGAUGGAGAUCCUGAGAGCUGGUACCACGCCUGGUACGAACAGGCCCAGAAGGCACUGGCCCUUGCUGAUGAGGCCAAAGCCGUUGGAGACGGUCCCGGUGCCGCGUGGGGCUACAUCCGAGCGUCCAACUACUUCCGGGCCAGCGAGUUCCUCCUCCACUGCACGCCAGAGGACCCGAGGAUCCUCUCGUCUGCCGUGGUGAGUGCCGAUGCCUUUGACAAGGGCUGGAUCCUGCUGGAUGGCUCGGUGAGGAAGGUUGACAUCCCUUACGAGGGUGGCAAGACCCUGCCGGGACGGCUCUACCUCCCGGCCCUUCAUCAUCAACUCUCCGGCAAGAUCCCUGUUGUUAUUCAGACCGGCGGUUUUGACUCGACUCAGGAGGAGCUCUACUACUACGGUGCCGCUGGUGCCUUACCACGUGGCUAUGCUGUCUUUAGCUUUGACGGACCCGGCCAAGGCCUAUCACUUCGAAAGGAUAAGCUGUACCUACGCCCUGACUGGGAGCACGUCACCAGCAAAGUGCUGGAUCAUGUCAUCGGGGAGCUGGCUCCGGCGCAUAAUCUCGACGUGGACCGCCUAGCCAUGUUUGGCGCUUCUCUCGGAGGCUACCUCUCCCUCCGCGCUGCUGCGGAUCCCCGCGUCAAGGCAGUCGUGUCAUGCGACGGGCCGCUGGACCUCUUCGACAUUACCCGCAGCCGCAUGCCGCCGUGGUUCAUCAAUGGCUGGCUGAGCGGCUGGCUGAGCGAUGGCUUCUUCAACUGGGUCAUUGACCGUCUGGCGUCAGUCAACUUUCAGCUGGCUUGGGAGUUCGGCCACAGCAAGUGGGUUUACGGUGUCAAGACACCUGCAGACGUCAUGCGGACCAUGCAAAAGUUCUCUCUCAAGGACGGGUACCUGUCCAAGAUCAAGUGUCCCACACUGAUCACCGGUGCAGCUGAUUCAUUCUACUUUACGCCACAGCAGAAUGCUCAUCCCAUCUUUGAUAGCCUUUCUGCCCUCGGACCGGCGGAGAAGCACCUGUGGAUCGGCAAGGGCGGCGUCGAGGGCGGUGUCGUUGUUUGUUGCAAGAACAGUCUUGACAUACUCACAAACAUCACCAUGGCACCUUUUGGGAAAUUGUAUUCUUUCAUGCCAAAUGGCCGGGCCUUCAAGAUUCUUGCGGCCGCCAAGCUCAAUGGUCUGGAAAUUGAGAUAGCCCCGUACCAGCACAUGGUAGACAACAAGACACCAGAGUUCCUGGCCAAAUUUCCGGCAGGAAAAGUCCCAGCUUUCGAAGGCGCUGACGGGCUUCUCCUCCCCGAGUCCGACGCCAUUGCACAGUAUCUGGCUCAGUCUGGACCUUACUCUGGACAACUACUUGGCCAUGAUGGUGCAACUUCAGCCAAGAUUCGACAGUGGAUCUCUUUCUUUGAUGGCGAAGUCUACCCACACAUGCUAGAUCUUGUCGUUUGGCGAGUGGGAAUUGCACCGUUUGACCAAUCUACCGAGACCAAGGCACUGGCUCGUCUCGAGUUUGCCUUGGAUGUGCUUGAGAAGCAUCUUGACGGCCGAAAGUGGUUGGUUGGGGACGAGCUCACACUGGCCGACUUGACGGGGGCAUCUUCCCUUCUCUGGGCAUUCAUACACAUUAUCGAUGCAUCCGAGAGGAAGCGUUUCCCCAACGUGGUGGCCUGGUACUUGCGCACUAUCGAGACAGAGGAGAUCAAGGAAGUAUUUGGCCCCCCAAACUUGAUUGAUGUCAAGCGUGUCCAUGAGUAGAAUGUCAAGAAACUUGGGUACUCCGCCACAAUAAAUGCAGAGUGUUGUUUUGCGCAUUGAUUCGUUGGUUCUUUAUGCGUCUCUUGCUUAUGGCUGCAUGUCUGGGAUAGCGCCACAUUACUAGGUCGUACGCAGGAAUAAUAUGCACU